AGCCAAGAAAUCAAGAACAGACUGCGAGAAAGAAAGAAUUCGCCCCUCAGCAGCACGCAUAUCCCCUUGAACAUCUCGGCCGGUUUCCCCUUCGUACUAGACGCUAAACGAGCAAGGCCCCACCCACACAUUCGAGGGAAAGAGCUUCCGAAGACAGCUAAUAAUUCAGGGCAUCUUUCACUUCCCAAUCCGAGUACUGCUCGCAAGGUCCCACCUUUUGGCAACGCCGUGUGGCCGCUUCACUCCAGCCGCACAAGCUUUGCCUGCCGCUCCAAGUAGAGCUCGCCAUGGUCGAACGGCGGAGAGACUCGUGCCGGCCGGAGGAAUCGAGCCCGCUCCCGCUCGAAACCUCCCACGUUACAAUCCGACCGGGCUCCAAGCGGCAACAGCCGCAGCAGCAUCACAACGCCGAAGCCCACUCCACCCGUACUUCCCUAAAUCCCCGUCCUACAAGGCGCGCUUCGGCAUGAAGCCCAACCUGCUUCGAGCGGCUGUCGUGCUGACGCUAAUCGUCGCCGGCAGCGCCGUGGCGCUCUGGUCGCUGGGGCUGUCGUUCCGGAGCGCGCUCCUCGCCAUCCAGCCCCCCUCGUCGCGCAUGGAGAGCUCCGCGCUCGACGGCGCGGGCGCAAGAGGCGGAGGUGACGGGCGCGAUAUAAACGCGCUAUCGGCGGAUCAGCUCGCUAUUGCUCUAAGUCUCCGACAGCUCGGGAAGCCGCGGCGGCCGGUGAAAGGCGCGGCCGACGGCAACGGUGAGUCGGCGGGUAACGCGCGGGAAGCGGAUGCCGCGGCGUCGGCGCGAGCGGCAGAUGAUGGUACGGAGAGGCGCGCAGAUGGCGGGGGCGUAGGACGGAUUCAGGGCGACGCUGGUAACGGUGUUGUGGGGGGCGAGGCGGCAGCAGCGACAACGGGAGAAGAGACAGAGGCAGAGUCUGAUGUAGAGGCGGAAAGAGGGACGGGCGGGGACGGGCACGUGGUGGAGCAGCAAAAGGAGGGUGAUAGCGAGGAAGCGGGUGGUGCAGCGGACGAUGCUGUCGCGCCGCCCGAGGGGACGUUCCUCCCCCAGAUGAGCCUGCCGUGUACCGCUCGCCCGUGAUUCUCGGCAAACUCCCCAAGCCCGGCACGCGGCGAGCAGUGGCGCUGCGCAACAUUCUGCAGUUCGACGUCAUCGCCGCCAACACCACCUCCGCCGGUGGCCGCUCCAAGUCAUCGACGAUGCUCGUCCCCGCGCGCCCUACCAAGACCUCGGAGCCGCAAGACGGCUUCCAGGCGCUGCGCAAGUGGCUGUCCAAGCGGAAGAAGCGCAUGCUGCGCGACGAGUCCGCCCCCGCCAGCCGCCGCGCGGACAAGGUGCGUCUGGGACUGGUGAACCUCGGCGCGGCGGACUUGAACCGCGCGCGCGCGCAGUUCCCAAGGCGGUGUUCCGCCCGCUACCGUUCUCCGCACCCCGCGCGGAUUUGAAAUGGGCGGAGCUCUUCCCCGAGUGGAUCGACGAGGA